UGUGAUCCCACACACCACCUUCCGGCUCCCUCAGCAAGUUUGUGUGAGCCAGACUACGAUAUUGUUUACAGACAGACCGCACUUUUGCCAAAAACCCACCGGGAUCAGCGUUCAGCUUUAAGGAAUAACAUCUCACUGGGAAUUAUGCGGGAUAAGGCGCCCAAAAACCAACGAUUCCCCCGCAGUGAAGACAAUCAUUAACCCGCGAACAACAGAACUUGCUUCGGUCUAUCCGAAACACAGUAACGUUAGCGGAGUUUGGUUGCGCUCUGAUCCCAAACAGCACACACAGGUGGGAUAGCCAGACGACUGCUUGAAAUACUCAAAAAGUUUGGAUGGCUCAGAUUUUCUUUACCGAAUGACGUGGAAAGAGGGUGAGAGUCUGGCUCCGCCUCCUCUCCAUAUGAUAUGACAUCACUCUGCGGUUACCACAGAAACCAGGGCUCCACUGCAGACGGCUGACAGCCAGGCAGGUGGUGUGAUGGCUGCCCAGGUGGAGGUUGAUGCUGGGCGGCCAAGUAUAGUUGGGGCUCGCUUGCACCUCAGCCCUCUAAUUGACUCUAGCAACAAGGGCUUGAUGGAGGGUUCUGGUGGCCCCCAGGGGCCACUUAUUAUUCCCUCAGAACCUAACAAGCCUGUCCCAAGCCCCAAGCCCAGACUGACUCCAAAACCUUUUGCUGUGGAGAGAAAUCCUACUAUACGCCCAAUUCUUGCUCCUAAACCACAGCCGAAACCUAGACCUGAAUCCAUACAAACAGCUUCCUACAAGCCAGACCCACCCAGCGCACCUAAACCACAGCCAACCAGCAAACCCAAUUUACCAUCCACAAAUUCAAAUCGACCUGAAUCCACUGUAUUUAAAACUGCCCCAAAGCUCACUGCAGGACAAACAAACAAACCAGUGGCACAGCCCUUUAAACCAGCACCUACUGUUCCCUCUACUGAUAUCAACAAGUCUAGACCGACCCAAAGUGGAGAUGUUCCAAGAACAAGAACAAGUUCUGGAUACACGCCAACUCGACCCAAGACCGAUUCAGUUCAGUUCUCGACUCCUGGUGCUGACUGGCCCAUUGGGUCACGAAAUAAACAAUCUGGCACAUCAAUCGCUCGUGCUAAAUCAAUGGGCUUCCUAACAGAGAUCGGGCGGAAUUUCGAGAACACAAAAGAGGAUUCUGGUGCCAAGGAUGAGAGUUCCCCUGCUGUUCUUCGGCCCCAAUCUAAAAGUCAGAAACCCCGUCCUGUUUCAGCUGUCUUUCCAAGCCCUAUUCAAUCUGAGUCUCAGGGUGAGUCCCCUCGUUGGGCAGAAAGGCGUCCGCUUUCCUCUGACCUUACUUCAAGGUUUGAGUCAAUUGGACUGUACUUACACCGGCGACCUCUUAAGGAGGAAAGCAAAGAAAACACUCCAGAAGAAACAAAGGAUGUUGGAGCUGUUAGUCCACGAGAGAAAGAAAAUGUUACAGAAAAGGCCGAAGGCUGGAACAAGCCCCCUGUGCCUGAGAAAAGAAGUCAAAAGACAGAAAUUAAAGACCAGGACUCUAAACCUGAGGAUACAGGAGGAAGCAGUAUAAAGAGGCGCAUUAGCCUGCUCUUGGACUCUUCAUCCUUCUCAGUUGCGCGUGUGGAUACUCAAGGGGCAGAGCCUCAUUCACCGGUGCUGGCGGUCUCUGAUUCUGAUGGUGGUGUGGGGGUAAAACAGCGAAUCAAAGAACUUACUGAAGAAGUGCCUACUGCGCUGUCACCACCCCAGAAGCCACAAUAUAGGCCACGCUACCUAGUAUCUGACCGUACUAAAAGAUUUGAGGCCGACCGUGACAGCCUUAGUUCCAGUGAGUCCAAAAGUCCCCAAGAGGUUGAGGAAGAUCUCAACAAAAAGCACUUCAGUAUUGAUGGACAAACCGGAAACAAACAGGAAAACAAAAAGGUUAUUCAAGAUUUGCCCUCCAACUCCUCUUUUAAUAGUGAUGCCGUUCAAACGGUACGAGCUGCUGUGUUUGACCAUGUGGUGGAGAGGCAUAGUGUUCAAAUGGUGGAGGAUAUCAUCUCACAGGGUCCAAGAGGACAGCAGGAAAGCACAGUUAAACCCAUGCCCAGACGCAACCACUCUUUGCGAGUUCAGAACAGUCCAUUGAAAGCUCUUGAAGAUGAAGAUCCUGGUAGUUUAGUCAAAGCAAGCUAUAGAGAGCAAAUUGCACCUCCUAGCCCUGUACGCGUAGAGCAUGUCUUUGACACUGUGACUUCAGUUGGAGAAAACUGUGCUGUUAGUGAAUCUGUACCAUCUGCUCAGCUGGAGGACAAAGCUAUAACUCUACGUUCACGUCGAUCAGCUCCUCAGGAGAAAGAGGACAGACCCACCCCUGAGAUGAGUACUCUUAUUAAGGAUGAAGACCAAACAUCAGCUGCCUCUAUGAUGGAUCCACGCAUUCCUCGUUACCUCCGAGUGGGGGCACUACAGCAAUUUGCUGUCACAGAUGUAGAUAGAGAGAUUAAAACUGAGAAGGAGCGACAAAGAGAGAUGGUAAGAAUGAUGGAAGAAGAGAUACAAAAGCAGAUGGAAGUGCAUAUGUCUGCGGCAGCAGCUUUGGAGGAACAAGAAGAAGAAGAAGAAAUUGAAACAGAAAAGAUGAAAGCGAUAGAUGCACAAAGAGAAAAGGAGAGGGAACGAGAUGAAGUCGCAGCACCAAAACGGCCUAAGAUGCUGGACACAGAUGAGCAAAUGAACAAACCUAGAGCUACAUACUUUGCUCUCACUGGUCAGAUUCAUGAAACCUUGCACCUAGGUGAGAGAGUAACUGAAGAUGAGAUAUUUGGGAGAAGCAAGCAGACAAUGGUGGGUAGAGUGGACAGAGGGCUGAAGGAGAUGCCAUUUGAUGAUUUCGCUGUUAGAACAGGGCCAUGGGCUUCUCAAGAUCCAAUUGCUCCAUUUAAAAGAAAUCCUUCAUUGGAUGCUGCCAUGCAGAGAGAUUUGGAUGAGGAACUUUAUUUGUUUGACACUGCACAUAGUCCUGAUUACAGAUUACAAGACAGAGAACAAAACAAAGCAGUGAAGGAGAUGGAAACAGAGAAACAAAGAUUGGCAGAGUUUGAAAAGAUGAAACAUUUGGAAAGGCUGAGAGAAAUAAAACAGAGAGAUAUGGAGAUUGAGAAACUAAAGGAAAUUGAGAAAGAAAAAAGGAGACAGAUCGAGUUACAGAAAGAGAAAGAGAGACAAAAGGAGUUAGAAAGACAACAAGAGCAAGAGAGGGUAAGACAGAAGGAUCUAGAGAGGCAAAGGGAAAUGGAACGACAGAAACGAGAAAAGGAGCGACAAAAACUAAUUGAAUACGAGCGAAUGAAAGCUGCGGAAAAAGAGCUUGAGCGCCAGAGAGAGUUUGAAAGACAACGUCAAAAAGAAUUUGAGAGAGAGAAGGAGAGAAUGCUUGACCAGGAAAGGCUACGUCUUCGAGAAUUUGAAAAACAAAAGGAGAUGGAAAGAGAAAGAGAAAGACAGAUGGAAUUAGAGAGACAGAGGGAAAUUGAAAGACAGAAGCAGAGAGAACUUGAAAAACAAAGAGAGAUGGAGAGGCAGAAGGAGUUAGAAAGACAAAGGGAAUUGGAGAGACAAAGAGAACAGGAGAAACAGAGAGAGCUUGAAAAGGAAAGAUUGAGACAGUUAGAAAGGCAAAGAGAACUGGACAGGCAAAGGGAGCUUGAAAGGCAGCAGGAACGAGAAAGACAACUGGAGAUUGAAAGACAGAGGGAAAUGGAGAGGCAGAAGGAAUUAGCAAAACAGAAACAGCGAGAGUCUGAGAUUGAGAUGUGGAAACAACAGCAAGCAGAGGACAGGGAAAGCAGAAAAAAUCAGGAUGAGCUUGAGAGGAUCAAGGAGCUUGAGAGACAACAGCUUCUUGAUUUUGAGCUGCAGAAAUACCGUGAAAGGCAACUCCAGCAAGAGCAAAGGAGACACAAAGGAAAAGGUACAUUUGAACAAGAGAACGCACAGCAGCAGCCUGAACGACAGAGAGGAGCGGAACGUCAAUGGACUGAAGUAGAGCAAGAAAGAAAAAACGCUACGUCUCAACUUCGGCCCAAAGUUCUAGAUCUGGACUCUGUCUCUUUGGGUAUUCGAACUGGUCCGGGUAAUCUUGAUAAUAGCCCCACAGCCAGAUGGAAGCAGCCCUCACUUCGUCCUGAUGAGCUUUACAAACCAGCCAUCCUAGACAUUGACUCGUUCAGGAAUCAAACCCAACCUGAUACCUUACCCCAAACAGGCUUGAGAGGUUUAGAGUCAGGAGGUGUCAGUUCAAUGACUUAUGCUCGUCCACAACCCACACAGACAAGUCCUCCGCAGGCCCAGACAGGACCUCAAGGUCAGUCUCUUCCACAGCCACAAAUCUACCCUCAGUCCCAAGCAUUCUUCCAGCCCUCCCCAGCAGAACGCAUAAGAACUCAGCUUCCCCCACCUCUGCAACCACAAAUUCUGCACCAAACCCAACCAAAUUCACUGCCCUUUGUUACAGAAAGAUCUAAGCCACAACCUCAUUCAUUGUCUGAGAGCUCAGAUUGGGCUUUUUUUGCUCGGCAACCCAGCUCAGCUUUGCCUCAACCACAAACUAAUCUUUGGGGACAGACAGAGUUGGCGGUAGAUGAGCCUCUGUGGUUGGAAGGUUCCAGAAGACCUAUUAGCACCAGACCCGCCAGCCUUGAGCAACAGCUUUUUUCUCCAGAAGAAAGAGGAUUAGGUACAAUUUUGACACCAAAUUCAACCGCCACCAUGCCAUCUGUCUUUACUCCUGUACAGCAUACAUCGCUUAUAGCCCCCUUGGUUUCCAUUCAGACUCCUUCACCAACUGUACACACAAAUUUUGGGUCCUCUGUUACCCCUAUUCUAACCCCAGAUAAAUCCUGGACCUCCUCAUCUAGUGGGUCUUUGGCGCCUUCUGCAACACCAUUAGUUAAGAAAGACACCUUUGUGCCCACUAGUCAAACUGUGAUCUCAUCUGUGACUGAUCCUAAAUGGAGCCCAAACCGGGAGCAGGUACCACAGGGUCAAAGAGAGAACCGAGCACUACGAAGGGACAAGGUUCAACAGAAACGUUCAAGGAGUAUGUGUCGAAAGUCUGCACCCUCAGAAAGUUCUGAGGAUGGCUCACUUGCCCAUGUAAGAACCCGUAGGAGUCGGAGCGCACACAGGGAUAAAAGUGAAGAGAGACCGGAACUGGUUAAGCGGAGUGUAAUCGGACGCGAUGAGAAUAAAGACACAGACAAUCUGGUGCAGGAGACAGACAGCCAGUAUGGCACAUGGGAGACAGGCCUUCGCACAGAUGAUAGCCUUACUCCAGCUACACCUUCAUCUGAAGGCAACCUCACCCCAUCUCCACGGAAACCCACCCCACCCCAAAUAUCAGAACAGAAUCUUCUCAUUGACACAACAGACGGCUCGUCCAUUACUCCUCAAACACAGACGGAGCUCGCAUUUCCAGAGACACCUACAACACUAUUAGACAAUAGUGCGCAACGUGCAAAAGCCCAGUUGAGGAGUAAGAGCACUCGCAGAGCCCCGCCCUCUCGAGCCGCCCGUCACAGCGCCCUUUUAUCACAAGUACCUGAAGGGACUGGAGUUGGAGCUGAUGAAUGGCGCUUCAGAGACACAACAGAGCACAAGACCGAUUCCUCUAAGCAGGAGGACUCCGACUCCGAGGAGCAGGCCAAGGGAAUAGAGGUCCGCACUUCAUCCAUCUCUUCCCAGCCACAGAGAGUGGCUCUCUUCCCGGGCAUGGAUCCGUCUGCUCUAAAGGCCCAGCUAAAGAAGAGAGAGUCAGACAAUCAGACAGACGGUCCCUCACCCUCUCAGCUCUCACGCUCACCCAAAUCUCCAUUCUUGCCCCGAGCUGCUCGUGUGCUGCCUCCUGCUGGUGGAAAAGAAAAUGGAGAAGAGUCCUCACCUCAGUGGCUGAAGGAACUAAAGACAAAAAAACGUUUCAGUCAGUAUGAAAACGAUAAUACAGCCUGAACAGGCAGGAUGCCUUAAAACUGCAGUAUCUGUAGCUGUAAUUCAUGACAGAAGCCUUAACAUUUGACGUGGAGAUGACGGGAAUUCUGCUGCUGCUGACUACGACAUCAUUUUGUUUUCGUUUGUUUUACUAUCCUGUCGUGUAAAUGUGCAUGGUGCCUUUCUAAGAGAUUUCUGGCAAAGCAGAGAUCUGUGAGCGGAAGUGUGUGUAUGUGUUGGAAACGUGUCUCCGUUCAGUCCUUCGUCAUACAAGAGAAUUAUUUUUUCACGGAGCGAGAGAUCACAAAGUGAGACUGAUGUUUCCAGCUUGUGUUAUUAUUUCACCUGUGGGACCACACACGCACACACAUCUACAGUAACCUGAAGUGCUUCAUAUAACUGGAGUAUGUAGCCGUUAUCAACAUUAUUUUUAUACUAACACAGCUUUCAUAUUUCAAAUUUUUUCUUUACUCUUUUUGUGCACUUGAUGGUUAUAGGUGUCAGUUGCACAAGCAUCUCCAUAGACAUCAUGAUUUUCUUUCUGAACUUUAAUAAUCAACAAAUCAAUGCUGAGCUAGCUGACAAGCUGACUGUAUAGAAAGUGUAUUUUAUAGUUACGACAAUGUUAACGGUAUAUUUGUAUUAAUGAAAAGUCUUGUCGGAGGAAAAUGAGUUCUUCAUUUAAGAAGACGCAAAAGUGUGUGUGUAUGCAAGAAUAGAGGGCUUGAAUCUGUUUGGUUGGGACACUGAAUGCGUUUAGUAUAUCGUUUGUUUGCACAUGUUCACUCCUAAUAACCCACCGAUUUUCGACUAGAAAUUGGUUUUUUUUUAACAAGUAAAUGUCUCACUGUCACUUCAUGGAUGUUUAUUUUUUUUUAACAUUCCAUUUCUCAUUUAUUCCAUACUAAUAUAAAAAAAUGCAAUUCAAGCGCAUGUACAAUCAAUCAUUCCCUAUAUUUCCAUUUUUUUAUUUCUAUACUUGCUUUAAUGAUGGGCCAAAAAUGAAUAUGAAUAAAUUGCAAGUCAAUCUGUCCUGUAGACCAAUCACCCAGUUUUAAAUGUAACAUAGUAUGAAUACAAAGGGAAAUGUUUAUUUGCGUGUCACACAUCUUGCUUAUGAUUUUUAUUUACUGGUAGCUUAAGCAAAGUUUGAAAUGUCAACGUACUGUAAGCAUUGUUCACAUUACAUUGCACAUUUGUGGUCACUGUAUUUUUGAAAAACACAGGGCCACCGUAUCACUCCCACUUAAAGUAACAAGCACUUUUCACCUGUUUAAGAAUAUAGUACUGUUUAGUGGUCACACAAAUAGUCACUUUUAGCGCAUGAGUUGUCACCCGUGAUGUGAAUAUUGUGAUGUUGGUAUGCUGAAGGUAUGUGAGUUAUGUGUUUUUGUUUGUUUGUUUUUCUUUUCUAAUAUCAGCUUCUUUUUUGCCUACAGUUGUUAUAGUUUGUUUAAUGGUAAUUUGUCCUUUUUAUUUUAAAUUUGAUUGUAAAGAUGUUUAUUGCACUGUCUUGUAAUGCCAGUGUCCAGGACUGUAAAUUCAUAAUAAAAUUUACUAUAAAUUCA